AUGCUCGAAUCUCGUGACAGUGACUGGUACAAAGCAGCUUGGAAUGUCUGGAACGAUUUGCCAGUAGGACAGCGCAUCUUGCCUGCCCCGCUGUUUACCCGACUCUUCUGGGCUUGCUCGCGCACACAUCCCGGGGGAAGACCGCGUCUAUCUUCAGACAGGCCUCAGAGCAUUGCGAGCGGCCGCUCUGACCAUGUGCGCGAGGAAGCGGCUGACUUACGUGAAGCACUUGCUCAUCUGAAGCGGCUAGAUGCGCUGGCUAGAUACGGCAAGGAAGCUCACCGACGACUGCACAUCACCGAGCUGCACGCGCUCUUACACGCACAUCUGCUUCCCCGCCAGCUUCUCAGGGCCACCUUGAAUGAAAUAGAGCGGCACGAAGUUUACAAGCUCGACUCGCCCAGAAUCAUCGACCUGCUCGCGCAGCAUCCUCACUUCGUGCUAGAGUGGAAACUUCAUCGCGAGGUAUUGAUGGGGCUGAUAUGGUCACACGGUUGGGACGAUGACAUUGCAAAGCUGGUCCGACGAUUGACGCUUCGAGGUUGGAGCGAUGGCAAGAGGAGCUUUCAUAGGGCGCUGAUGGAUGUCAUCAUGCAGAGUCCGGCUGUCAGGGACAAGUUGAGCGCGCAAGAGGAGGCUAUCAGUAUUGCCAUGCGGAUGGGACCAGUGGCCUUGCCGCCCAGCGAUAUCGUAGCAGGCGUCUUUCAACAAUGGUCUACGCCCGAGCUGCUGGCCUUCCGCAAUCUGGAAGCGAGCAGAACCUCGAGAUCAUGCGCGUUCAAUCCAGCUCACCACGAAGCGCUGCGUCCCCACGCGGUGCUGGAGCUUCUCGUGCGGGAGGAUGCCGUAUCAGACGUGUCGAGGCGAGCGGAGCGAAUGCUCCAACAACGUCUCAGCAGCAUACCGCUAGGUCUGCCGCAGGAGCUAGACUACUCAGCGUACUCUCAAGAAGUCAAUCGAGAUGCCCGUAUAUCCUUGGGGGAUAGCGCGUCGGAGUCAGGUCAUGCAAAGGACACAACGUCUUUGGCCAGACCCCCGAGCUCCGGUAAAUUCUGGCGUGCCGACUUUAGCUCGCUAGGAAGCGACAGCGACGUUGCCCUCCAGUCCUUCGUAGGUUGGGACCCACACGUCAAAUUGGGAUACGCCAUCUCUCGCACACAUGCCCUGCGUGCCCUCGCGGCGUGCAAAAGCGCACGAGACGCCAGACCGGCACUGCUUGAAGCGGUCGAGCUCUUUACACGACUGCCUCGCUCGAGCUCUGUACACGCAGCGCGGGCGCUUGAUGCGCUUCUAGGCGCAUUCGACGCCUUGAUCAGCUCAGCGGAGCAAGUUCCAUCGGUUGUCCUCUGCGAGGUCAGGAGGGUCGACAACAUUACACGAGGCGCUAUCGCCGAGGUCGCUCACAAGCUCGUCGCCGUCGACUCUCAACUGAGGUAUUUGCCAUUGGAACAGCAUCUGCGCCUCCUCCAGCACCUUGUUGUGUGCGCGCACGCUUCCCUUGCCAGCACAUUUUGGUCGCCCUUGAAUGCCAAGACCUUGGAUGGCAGGAGGGACUCUCUGACGGCGCGAAGCGCUUCGAGCGCCUUGCCUGAAUCUUACGUGAGAGACUUGCUCGCCAUGGCAUUGUGGCGGUUGCCAUCUCCCAAAGGCGGCUACGAACUGGUGCCCAGGUGGAAUGAAGCAGCCCCACACAUCGAGCUGGCCCUGGAGGUGUUUCGCGUGCACGGCGCUAAGCUUGCGCUACCCACAAUCUUGAUCGUGCGUCUGGUGCGGGAACUUUUGACGUCUCACAAGACGGGCGCACAGGCCAUGGAGGUGUUGGAGCAUCUUUCAGAUCUUGACAUCCCGCUAAAUCCCGGUCUAGCGAGAGGGAUUGUUCAGGCAUUCGCAGAAGCAGGAGAUAUGUGGGCAGACCAAGCUCUAAGCAUCGCCGAGGCCUUCUGGAAAGCUCUUCUUGAAAAACAGUCUCACCGGGAUCCCGCGCUCGCUCUGAGCAUGCUGGCUUAUGCGAUCGACGCUGGUGGUCGCUCGUUCGUGGGUUGGUCACCGACGCGGCGCAAGCGCGUGCUUGGUCUCUUCACCAUUUUUCGCCAGCAGCUGGACAUUUCCAUCAAGAGUUCCAAUCGACAAGGCAGUCUUGCUCCCGAGAAUCUGCGCCUAGACGCGUUUCCGCAGCUGCUCGACUUCAAAUUUUUCCACGUCGACAAGUCUGGUCGAAUUGAGUCUCUGAUAGAGCAGCGGAUGAAAGAAGGAACACUUCAAAGCUACCCGAUCAGCCGGUCUAUCGUUCGGCUGGCCUACAAUGGCGCAGCGCGGGCCGUGCUAGCGGAGCCAGCAUACGAGCUCGGACUUGCUGGCGUGCAACUCGAACCUCUGCCUGAUGACUUUUUGUCUCCGCCUCUCACACCGGAAAAACCGUCUCGCGGCGCUUCGCACAAGAUCCCCGACUCGGUCGAUCCCACUCUCUCCAAAAUUUUCUCCGAGCUCGAGGAUGACCUUGGGGUGCAGCUCGACUCUCGAGCCUGGGGCUUGCUCAUCGUCGCUUGGCUGUUGCCGUACCAAAAGCCCAAGCAAGCGGGACACGCCCGUUUGCGACCGCCCUCGUGGCCGGAAAUGGGUCUAGAGGAGGCGGCCGUGUUCGACUUCGUCCGGGACGACUUUUUGAACGAAGCGAUGACCCUAUUUGACGCUGCCAAGGAUGCUCGGUAUGAGAGGGGCGGUAUGCUCAGCCUGCCGCUCAACGCUACGACCACGCCAUCAGCCGAAGCCGCGCCGGUUCUGCUCAAGAGUGGCCACGUGGGAAGGCUCAUUGUAGCUCUGGCUCGGGCUGAGCGUUUCGAAGACGCUUGGCGGGUCUAUGAUGACUUUUACGCACAUUACGCUCCGCCCGCUUGGAAGGGAAAGCGCCGGGGUACGCAACGAAGUGGAAGCACAUACGGCUGGACCUACGGAGUAGAUGGCGCUCGGGCCUACCUCUUAGCAAGAUCUGGUCAAAAGAUCUCUUCCAUCUCUGGUUUGAUGAGGCUUCCUUCGCAUCGCAUCGGGGCGAGAUGGCGACAGGAAGUACUCGCAGCUCAAGCCCUGGCAGAGCGGAAAGGUAUCCGCUUUGUCAGAAAGCAGAAAGCAGAGUCCUAG